GCUCUUUUAUAGCCACAGUGCGGCAGGAAAACCGUAACAAGCGAAGAAAAGCAUAGAUUGAAUAGUGGAGAAAAAAAGCUAUCCAAAGGGGAACAUGUAAAGGAAGGUGAAAGAACAAAGACUGAAUAAUGGGAAUGUUUUUUCCUCUCUAUCUGAAGAAAAUGCGUAUUUCUCUUUGAGAUUCAGAAAUUGGUUGACAGCUAUUCAGCGAGCUCCAUUUCAAAUGGUAGCAGCGGUAUGGAUGAAAAAUACAAGGAGAGGCACUGCUUCCACGAUUCAUAUUGACUCAAAGGAGUUAGACGAUACCUUACCGAUGGCUUGCAGUCAAUUAUCCAUGUCUCCUCCAACGAAUUGUAAAUUGACGUAGGCAUUGAAGGCUGCAAAUCAAGUCAAGUUUGGUGCAUUAAAUUCCUUUGGUGGGAUGUCAUCGACUUCUAUUGCUACAUAGUAACCUUUGGGUUUCCGACGGCUGGUAUUGACACUCAGGGUGUUAUAAUGGGUGAAGUGACGGACGCAAAGGAAUUAAAAAAUACCUUUAUUGUUCCCGCAAUAAAGUCUUUUGAUCGUUAUGAUUUUUCACGAGCAAAAAUCUGCUGUAGCCUCACAUGGCUAGUGGCCAAAGCAUUUGUGACAGACAGUGUGCCGGCCGACCUGAAGGAGCCCUUCUACACAGACCAGUAUGAUCAGGAGCACCUGAAGCCUCCAGUGGCCAACCUGCUGCUGUCUGCUGAUCUCUACUGUAGAGCCGGGAGCCUCAUCCUGAAGAAUGACGCCGCCAAGCCCCUUGUUGGCCACGAUGAUGUCAUCCAGGCCCUGGCUCAGAAGGGCCUCUACAUCACAGACCAGGAGAGGCUGGUCACAGAGCGUGACCUCCGCAAGAGGCCCAUACAGAUGAGCGCCCACCUGGCGGUGAUCGACACACUAAUGACAGCGUACACGGUGGAGACUGUGAGCUUGGAGAAGGUGGUGGCGUGCGUCCUCCAGUACUCUUCCCACAACGACGAAGACGCCGACACCCCAUACGACACAGAGGACGCCAUGACCAGCUGGAUCAACAAGGUAAAUGAGUAUCUGAAAGAUAUCAUCUCUCAGGAGCUGAGGAGUGAGAUGCAGAGUGUUGAGCCAGUUGGCAAGCCAGGGUCUCCGACCAAAUGGUACAUGAAACUAGUGCCUGCUCGCUACAGGAAGGAGCAGGCGGUGGCACAGCAGGUGCCCUGGAUCCCCCCUGUGGACAACCUGUUGAAGGACACCACUGACGGCUGUGCCCUGGCCACUCUGCUGCACUUCUACUGCCCACAGCUAGUCAAACUGGAAGAUAUCUGCCUUAAGGAGAGCAUGUCACUGGUGGACAGCCUGUACAACCUGCAGCUGGUGCAGGAGUUCUGUCAGCAGCACCUCAACCGCUGCUGCCACUUCAGUCUGGAGGACAUGGUCUACGCCUCCUCUUCAGUCAAAAAUAACUACCUUGUGUUCAUGGCCGAGCUGUUCUGGUGGUUUGAAGUGGUUAAGCCCUCAUUUGUACAACCAAGAGUUCUGGACACUGAAGAGCCAGCCCUCACAUCGUUGAGGAACAUUCCCUCUGUUCCCAUCUCCAAUGUCACCAAGACGAGCUUCAUGGAGAGACCGCCCAGCCCAGAACGACCCAGCCUGCCUCUCCAACCACAAGCUAGGAACUCAGGUGAAAUAAAGAGAUCAACCUCAAUGUCCUUUGUGGAAGGCUGUGUAGGAACUUGGCCCAAGGAGAAAAGGUCUGGGCCUUACGGUGUAUCCUUCGACAUCCCUUUUGACAAAGAGGACACCGCCCAGACAUCCACUCCCCCCGGCCGUAGCAUGACUCGCUCUGCCAGCACAGAGGGCUUCAAGGUUCAACAGAUGCCCCGGGGCAUGAAGAGGAACCUGUCCUUCCAGCCCAUCAACGGGCAGGGAACGGGCAUCGAGGAGGAGGGCCGCCUGGACAACCUGGCAGGGCCCGAUCUGCCCAGACAGCCUGGCAGGCCUGAACCCCCUGGAGGCCCACUGAGGUUCCCCAACGGUGGCUCAAACCUGGACAGGCACGGAAAUGGCAUCGCCACUCCCAGCAUGGAGGAAGCCCUUCAGAUAAUCCACAACACCGGUAGGCAGGCCCCACAGCGCCCUCUUACAGAGGGUAUCAAAAAUGGGUUCUUCCUGCACAGUCCAAACCAGGACAGAGGAGGUGGUGAAGUUGGCCUGGACCCUAAUGCUCGACCGGAGAAGAGGGACCUGGACUCGUUGACCACCACAGACACUACGGAGGUGGACACGGGCAUCCACGUGAGGACCGAGGACAUCGCUGAGACCCUGGACGAGGACUCAUCGCUGAGGGGAGCUCUGAGCAUGGAGCUGGACAUGGACACGCCCAGCCCCUGCCCCAGCAGCUCCGGCUAUGCCAAAUCUCCCUCCACCAGCUCCGGCACCAAGAUGACCAGCUUUGCUGAGCAGAAGUUCCGGAAGCUCAGUGUCCCCGAAUCGGGGGGAAGAAGCAGCAGCAGCGGGGGCGGCAGCUCCCUCAAGACCACCCCCGAGGGCUCAGAACUGGGCCUCCCGUUGUCCGUCUCCUGGGCACCCACUCCGGAACACAGCCCUGUGCAUCAACAGAUUGCGCCUCUCACCCAAGACACUCCAACUGGGCGAGCCCAGGCCCCUCUCCCUAGCGACCCGGCCCAGGCCAUGGCGACAGAGAUGGUGGAGCUGCGCAUGCGCCUGGAGGAGAAGCGAAAAGCCAUUGAGGCGCAGAAGAAGAAGGUGGAGGCCGCAUUCACUCGCCACCGCCAGAGGAUGGGCCGCUCCAUCUUCCUGGACGUGGUCAAGAGGAAGGGUGACGGCGCCUCGGGGGUAGGAGGACAGGAGGAAGGGGGGAAGACGACAACGGAAGAUGAGAGGAAAACAGGGAGGAGCAAAGCGGACACGCCCGACGGGGCUGAGCAGGGGCAGGGAUUCUCUGGGGCCCGCUGGCUGAAAUCCUCCUCCUCCAGAGCAGGAGGAGGAGGUGGAGAUGAGGGAGGUCAAGGUCCCGCCGGAGGCCAAGGACCCGGUGAGGUGGAUCUAGCUGAAUACACACGCUCCAUCGAGAAGCUGAACCACUCGUUGGGCUUCCUGCAGACAGAGAUGCAGCGCCUGGCCCAACAACAGGAGGUCAUCAUGGCCAUGAGAGAACAAAAGCAACAACAGGCCUGGGUCAUCCCCCCUCCCCAGACCUCGCCACAGAAAUACGCCCGCGCCUCCACCCGCUCCUCCGGCUCACCCUCCCCGGCCGACUCACCCCGCUCCGCCCACCGCUCGCCCACGAGCAUCAAGAGGAAGUCGGCCUCCUUUCACUCACGGAACCCCCGCACGCCGCGCCCCAGCGAGCUCAAGCUGGCCCCCUAUAACCGCUGCCUGACAGCACCCCAGUCUGUGGACAGCCUCCCCCGCCUGCGCCGGUUCUCCCCAUUCCAGCCCAUGGCUUUUGCCUACAUGGGGGAGAAACCCGCCGGUCAAACCACAGAGACAGAGGACAAGGAUAGGGACAGGGACACUGAACCGCUGCUAUCCCCAGAGACAGAGGCAGGUAGUGCCUCUUCUCCCUCCUCCCCAGCCAAAGACAAGCAGAAAAGACAAGAAGGGACCCGAGAGAUUGCCAAGAAGGAUGAAGCAGAGGAACAUGAGGAGAUGGAAGUAGAGGAGAAGAAGCAGGUGAAAAUGGAUGAGCUCAAACCCAUAAUAGUGUCGACUGUAUCUGAAGUGUUGGCCCAGCCAGUGAAAGAGACCUUUACGGUCACCCCCACCGAGACCCCCCUUAUCUCAGACCUCUUUGGCGGGGCAAGAAGCAACCUGAUUGAGGUGCCUUUGUAUGUGUUCAAGCCUCUUGAGGGAGAAGGCAUGGAGGAGAGUGGAGACAUGGAGGGGAUCUAUGGCGAUGACGAGAAAAUGUCCUGUGGCUUUUUCUUUAAGGAUGACGGUAAGGGGGAGAACAACAUGGCUCAGAAGAGGGCUGCUCUCGUGGAGAAGAGGCUGAGGAGGGAGAAGGAGACGCAGCAGAAGAAGCUGCAGCAGGAGGCGGCGCUAGAGCAGAAGAAGGAGGAGGCACGAGUGAAAGCAGAGGAGGAGCAUGAGAGGAAGGAGGAGGAAAAGGCCCGCAGGGAGUUCAUCAAGCAGGAGUACAUGAGGAGGAAGCAGCUCAAACUCAUGGAGGACAUGGUGAUGAAGCCGCGGCUGGCCGGCUCCAAACAGAGGAGAGCCCGGCCCAAGUCCAUCCACCGGGACAGCAUGGACUCCCCCAGAACCCCGACCAGGGUGGCAGGUUCACGACCUCGUGUUUUUUCAGUCUCCAGCUUGUCUCUGGCCUCGCUCAACCUGGGAGACAGCGACAGUGUGCACUCUGAGAAGAGAACACCAAGAAGUGCUAGCUUACAUUCUGGCAGCCUGUGCUUCUUUCUGAGCUCUCCUAAACUGAGAAGGAGAAGGCCUGAUUCUGCAGAUGGUUUUCUGUCCCCUUGUCGAUCUGGGAGCCGGAAUGGGGAGGACGAUUGGGAGAACGGUUCCACCACCUCGUCUGUUAAAUCUAACACAGAGUACACCGGACCCAAAUUGUACAAGGAGCCAAGUUCCAAAUCGAACAAGCAUAUCAUUCAGAACGCACUGGCCCACUGCUGCCUGGCAGGCAAGGUCAACGAAUGCCAGAAGAACAAGAUUCUAGAGGAAAUUGAGAAAUCCGAGGCCAACAACUUUUUGGUUUUGUUCCGGGAUGGGGGUUGCCAAUUCCGUUCUCUGUACACGUAUUGCCCCGAGACGGACGAGGCCACCAAGCUGACCGGCAUCGGGCCCAAUCGCAUCACCCGUAAGAUGAUUGAGGGCCUCUACAAGUACAAUUCAGACAGGAAGCAGUUCAGCCAGAUCCCCGCCAAGACCAUGUCUGCGAGCGUGGACGCCAUCACGAUCCACGGCCACCUGUGGCAAACCAAGAAACCAGCCACCCCGAAGAAAGUGGUACCUGCCAAGCCCUAAUGGAACUUGCUGUACACUCCCAGCCACCCCCACCAUUUCCCUUCAAAUGGAACAGUCCACAUUCAAUUUGCACUUCACUGUACAUAAUCCAUGAGGAUUCAGCACCUGCAAUGCCAGUUAGAUGAAUGCAUACUUCUGUUUGUGUUGUUUUGUUAUCUCUUUUCAUUCCUGUUAAUUUUCCUUUAAAAUACCAAACUGGACAUGGUGACUCAGUUAAAGAUAUGCACAACUGGAAUGUAAAACACUAUUUAGUUAAGAGUUGUAAAUGGAUAUCACUGAUGUGUUUAGUACAAGAGAUUGUCUGGUUUUAGCCAUUUUAUUACAGCAAGUGUGUGUGUGUGUGUAUGUGGUUUUGUAUAUUUAUUUAUUUUUUACCUUUAUUUUACUAGGCAAGUCAGUUAAGAACAAAUUCUUAUUUUCAAUGACGGCCUAGAAACAGUGGGUUAACUGCCUGUUCAGGGGCAGAACGACAGAUUUGUACCUUGUCAGCUCGGGGAUUUGAACUUGCAACCUUUCGGUUACUAGUCCAACGCUCUAACCACUAGGCUACCCUGCCAAAAGAGAGACAAAAAAGAAAAGAUAUGAAUGCCAUAUGUUUUAUUUGGCACACUGAAGCACUGAAUGUUACUCAUCUGUAUAGACAGAAUUUUGCUUAUCUGUUCAAAUGUGUGGCCUUACGCUUGUUUUGUUUUUGUAUGUCAGUGCAAUGAGCUGAUUGUAAAACCUAGUGCAAUCAGCUCAGAGACUUUUGUAUGCUAUAUGCUGAGGUGACAACGCUUUUUCCAUGUUUUAGGUUCAAAUGCAAGCUGAUAAGUCUGCAUAAGCAACACACAACAUUGAGGGCCAAAAAACAAGAGCAAAAAACCAACAAGCACACAGCUAGUGUUAGCCACCCAAUACAUUGCACGACUAGGCCAAGUGUUUUUUUUCCCAGCUUAUCCCUCCAUUUGAAAAAUGUGUUUUAAAGAACACAUCUUAAACCACACUGUACUUUCUUAAUGCUGUGUGUUCACAGCAGGUUUGUGAACUAAAAAUAAACAUAUGUUUUUACGUUACCUCCUUUCAAUUGUCACAAAAUGGAUCAGAUUUGGUGAAAUGUCUGUUAUGUCUGUCUGUAAUGAAGUUUCUUAACUAUGGAUAUAAACUUAUGAUAUAGAACAAUGUAAUGUUAUUAAGGAUUGUGAUUUAGAUUUUGGACUAUGAAAAUGGACUACAGCCCUAGUUAGGUACCAUUACAUGUAUUAUACCAUAAACAGUAAUUAUUGUUGAUUCUGUUUUAGUUCAGUCAAAAAUGUUUUCAGAAUUGUAUCAUUUUUUAAAUUCUCAAUGUCAAAUUCCUUGUCAAAAGUUUGUUUAUAGGAUACUGCUUGACAGUGAGAUUAACACACAGCUUGUUUUAUUUUGCAUACUUAUCAGGUAUAGAAAAAUACUGAUUUAUUUAAUUUGCAUUUAAGUAUUUCAAGACAAUUAUGUAUCACAUGUUGUGGUAGAUGCCACACUCAUUUGGUACAUUUUAGAGACCCCACAUCUACUGCACACAUGGAGACCAGACUGAUGUUCUGUAAGGCAAAGAUUUUUUUCCCUCCUCUAAUAGCUGUCUGAAGGCAGAAUGUGGCAGUUUGUCACUCCAAUACGGGUAGAGGCUUCUUACUGUCUCCCACCAGCGUCAACACUUUUCUUUUGUCUAUUAAAGUAGCCUCGUUGAGCAACAACUUGUGUAGGUUGGGGAUUAAAGGAUGAAGAUAUCACAAACAUACAGUACUCCCCACACCCUAUACGAUUCAAACAUUGGUGUUUGGUUUUCAUUGGGGUAUAUUUAUAGAAUUACCAAAAGAGAAGUUAUGUGUCUCUGGAAUUUUGUAGAAAAUGAUAUUGCUAUGGGACUACUGUUACAGUUUCUUAUUUGGCAGGUUAAGGCCAAGAUUAAUGGCUAUUUAUUUAUAAAUGAGUGGACAUUGUACAGUGUUGCCGUAAAUUAGUCUGUCCAUCCUCCUGAUGAAGCAUUGCUUCCAUUUUGUUUAUCAGACCGUCUGGUGUCAUUCAACAUAUUGCUGAACAUUGUAGGUUUGUUUUGUUUCUUUUGCAUUGAAUAAAAUGAAGCAUGGCCUCAA